CCUCCAAAAAGACUCUUGGUUCAACUCAAGAGCCACCCCACCUAUUUGCCUGUUUUUUAGCCAAUUUUACCAUCAACCUCCCCCAACUUGAUUCCAUUGGCAGAAACAACUACACACUCUCACAAGAGAGACCACAGAGAGAGAGAGAGAGAGAAAACACAACAGAGCAUACCCUUUUUAUAUCUCUCUCUGUGUCUCUCUAUAUAGAUACAUAUAUAUAUAUAUAUCAACUAGAGCUCUGUUAUUGUCCAGAAGAAGAAACCCUUUUCGCUGUAUUUCUUCAAAUGGAUUAUUGGUCUUCUUCUGUGACCGUUGAUGACGAAUUCGAGAAGCUUGUACUUCGUAUGAACCCACCAAGGGUUACUGUUGAUAAUGCCUCGGACAGAAAAGCCACUUUGAUCAAGGUUGAUAGUGCAAAUAAGCGGGGGAGCUUAUUGGAGGUGGUUCAGGUUCUGACUGAUUUGGAUCUAAUUGUUAGACGGGCUUACAUUUCUUCAGAUGGGGAAUGGUUCAUGGAUGUGUUUCAUGUUACUGAUCAAUAUGGCAAUAAGCUCUGUGAAGAAAAUGUCGCGGAACGUAUUCAGCAGUCACUGGGACCAAGGGGACGUAGUUUCCGGUCCUUGAAAAGGUCUGUGGGUGUCCAAGCUGCUGUGGAACACACAACCAUUGAAUUGACUGGAAGAGACCGACCAGGUUUGCUUUCGGAGAUUUUUGCUGUCCUUGCUGACCUGAAGUGUAAUGUGGUAGCUGCUGAAGUCUGGACCCACAAUUCAAGAAUGGCAUCAGUGGUUUACAUCACAGAUGAAGGAAACGGGUUACCAAUAGGCGAUCCUGACCGCCUUGCUAAGAUUAAGCAGCUUCUCCUAUAUGUGCUUAAAGGGAACAGAGAUAAGCGAGGCGCCAACACUGCUGUUUCUGUUGGUUCUACUCAUACUGAAAGGAGGUUGCAUCAAAUGAUGUAUGCUGAUCGUGACUAUGAUACUCGUGAUACGGAUAUUGGGUCCACGAGUGACCGGAGCAAACCCUUUGUUACUGUAGAAAAUUGUGUAGAUAAAGGAUAUACUGUGGUGAACUUGAGGUGUCCUGACCGGCCCAAGCUACUCUUUGAUACAGUGUGCACAUUGACGGAUAUGCAGUAUGUGGUAUUCCAUGCCACUGUCAUUGCCGAAGGACCAGAGGCGUAUCAGGAAUACUUUAUCAGGCAUAUGGACGGGUGCCCAAUUAGUUCUGAAGCAGAGAGGCAGCGAGUAAUUCAUUGUUUGGAGGCUGCCAUUAAGAGGCGAACUUCUGAGGGUAUAAGACUAGAACUGUGUGGUGAAGACAGAGUUGGCCUUCUCUCUGAUGUAACUCGCAUAUUUAGAGAAAAUGGUCUCUCAGUCAGCCGGGCUGAGGUCACAACCAGGGGUUCCCAAGCUGUGAAUGUUUUCUAUGUGACUGAUGCAUCGGGUGACCCUGUUAAGAGCGAAACAAUUGAGGCUGUUCGAAAAGAGAUAGGCCUGACUGUGCUUCGUGUGAAGGAUGAUGCCUACUCAACCUCACCACCCCAGCAGAGUGGGAGAUUUUCUUUUGGGAAUCUUUUCCGGACAAGAUCGGAGAAGUUCCUCUACAACUUGGGCUUGAUGAAGUCAUGUUCCUGAGCAAUUUACUUAGGUAACUUGGUGGUGUUGAUUUUUUCUGUAAAUGUUAGGAUAGUUUGGUGCUUUAAUAAUAGGGCUUCAAAACUGUAUUGCAAAGAUUUUGGUCAAUCAUUAGUUGAUCUUUGGUCCCAACCUUGUAAAUAUUUAGUGUGAAAUGUACAUUUCUCCUAAUGCAUGCCUCCUUUGGUCGAGUACAA